UCGCGGUAGGUAGGUAUUACAAAAUACAACAAAAAUAUUUCAAAUUUCAAUGUAUUUGUGAUAAUAUUGUGAAAUAUGGAUUUGGCAAGCAAAAUAAGUAAGGACAGUUCGCGAGCUGCGUGUAAGAAGUGUGGUUAUGCGGGACACUUAACUUUCCAAUGUAGAAACUUUAUCAAAGUAGAUCCAAAUAAGGAAAUUGUAUUAGAUGUAAGCAGUACAAGUAGUGACAGUGAGACUGAGUAUGCCACCCCUUUGCAAACCUUAAGAGAAGCUGAACUGCGCCAGAAGUUACAUGAAAAACUUCUAAAGGCAAAAGAAAAGAAAAAAAGCAAGAAAAGGAAAAGAUCGAGAUCUUCAAGUACAUCAUCAACAAGUUCAAGUUCAUCAUCAUCAUCAGAUGACCGCAGUUCAAAGAAAAAAAAGAAACACAAGAAAAAAAGUAAAAAGUCGAAGAAACACAAAGAGAAGAAAAAAAGUAGAGAUUAAUGCUAUAAGAUUAAACAUAAGUUUUAUUGACUUAUCAUUGUAACAUUGCUCAUAUUGAAAUGUUGUUGUAUUUUUAUUUUAAAGGACAAUAACGAUCAUUUUAAUAAAAAAAUAUUUCAUGUAAGAGAUUACUUAUGGAUUCAAUCAUAAAAAUAAUGUUAGACCCUGUCUUAGUAGUCUUGUUCCUGACAACACUGUAAAACUUUUUUUGCCAUUUAA